AUGAUUGCGUGCGACUAUCCCGGCUGCACAGCCCAAUACCGCCGCAAAGAGCACUUGACGCGUCACGCCCGGAAACACUACCCCACUGCCCAGAGACUGACCUGCGACAUCUGCAACAAGACCUUUGACAGGACGGAUUCUCUACGGCGACACCAUCAGGUGCAUCUGCGAGAGCAGGGGGAAAGUACGGCACCGCGGGCAUCGAAGGCAUGCGACCGGUGCCACAGCAGCAAGACAAGAUGUAAUGGCCAGGACCCUUGCAACGUGUGUUCGCGACGGGGGCUGUAUUGUACAUUCAAUCGACUAUCGAAGAGGGCACCGGCUGGUGAUGACAACCAUGACUAUCAGACAGACAGUAUUUCCGAAAAUAUCCAGGAUGCAGAAAUACAGAACGUCAAUGCGUACGAAGGUAUCCCAACGGAUCCCGCAAUGGGUGCUGCACCAAAUCAACCGACGUCAUUCUCGAGUAGCGAGAUCCAAGAUCUGCUUCGACAGCACGAAGACCGUCUCCGUGCACAAGGGUUGCUAGUCAAUCGCGAUGCUGAGCCGGGGUGUAGAGAGUCUCAAGAGCCGGACAAUGCGGAGCUGGACUUUGACCACUACGUCGACGUGUACUAUUGCCACUUCCACCACCACUGGCCUAUUGUGCAUGGCCCUUCGUUUCGACGGAGCAUGGAACCACAGAUCCUGCUUCUAGCAGUUGUGAUGAUCGGGUUGUGGGUUACCGGCGAGACGGGCUCGCAGACGAGGGCUGUAGCCAUGCACGAGAAAUUGCUGACUUUGCUAGAGAAUCGGAUGGAUGACUGGAAACGGGAUAUAGAAUUCAAAAACAAGAUGUGGCCCAUGACAACACACCAAGCGGUACUCUUGAACAUCAUCUUCGCGGUAAUGCGAGACGCGCGUCAAGAUAUACUCGAGCGGUGUCGUUUCAUGCUCCACGCCGUGACAACAACCUGCAAAACAGGCGGCUUAUUCUCGUACGAGAAAAUGCGGGCACAGGUCAGCCCGACCGACUCUGUUCUAUUCGGGUGGACAUAUAUCGAAGAACUCAAACGGCUUGCACUAGCGAUCUUCAAACUGAACCUCCAUUUCGACACGGGGAUGCUGAGUUUAUCUGAUUUGACAUUCCCGCUGCCUGAUAGCGGGUAUCUGUUUGAUGCACCGGAGAGUAAGGAGUUUUAUCGUCGGUAUAAUGUCCAAGUUGAAUGCGGGACUUGUCCUGGGAGUAAGCCUCCGAUUUGUGAGUUAGUAAAGGCCGUGCAGGAGGGUAGGAAGGGGGGAGGUUUACUGUUUCAUGUUGAUCCAUGGCUGUCGUUUGUGGUGUCGCAGUAUGUGCAGUCAGACGUAGUAUAG